CCGGCCGGUUGCUAGGAGACGGGGUCGCGCAGGCGCGCUGCGGGCCGCGGGGCAUGCCGGGCCGGCGGGGCUCGGGCGGCGCGCCGGGCCGGUUGCUAGGAGGCGGGACGCCGCGGCCCGCCGGGGCCCGGAGCAGCCAUGGAGCCCGGGAAGAGGAGAACCAAAGACGACACCUGGAAAGCAGAUGACCUCAGGAGACACCUUUGGGGUGCUCAGUCCGGGAGUCGCAGGGACGAGAAGAAGCACCGAGAGAAGAAGCUGCGCAGGGAGGCUGACCCCGACGGCCUGGAGCACCGUGAGCACAGGCCCCGGGACCCGGCCCAGAGGGAUGGCCACGCGGUCUGGGAGAGCGGCAGCGAGCGUGACCGGGAGAAGCCUCGCGAGAGAAAGAAGGAGGCACGGGAGCGGGACCGGGAGCGGGACCGGGAGAAGCGGAAGGAGCGGCGGGAGCUGGAGGCAGAUCUGGGCCGCCGCGGCCGGAAGGAGGAGGUGUGGCAGAGCCUGCACCACAGCCUGGGCCGGCAGCUGCUGGAGCGUGCCGAGCGCAAGGGCCGCUCAGGAAGUAAAGCACGGAACGAAGAUGACAGGAGAGAUGGAGACUCUGAAAGAGGGGAUGAGGAGAGAGAGAGAAGAUACCGGGAACGGAAGCUGCAGUACGGCGACAGCAAAGACAACCCCCUCAAGUACUGGCUCUACAAGGAGGAGGGGGAGCGGAGACAUCGCCGGCACCGAGACCCGGACCGGGAGAGGCGGCACCGGGAGAAGAGCAGCGCCGAGAAGAGGGAGCGGCACCCCAAGGACAAGAGCAGCCCCUUCUCGGACAGGGAGGGCGAGGAGCGGCCCCGGGAGCGGCGGCACAAGGACGGCUCCCACGGGGACGGGGAGAGGCACCGCGGCAGCGGCAGCGAGAGGAAGGAGCGGCCGCCCAAGGACGAGCACAGGAGGAGGGAGGCCAAGAACGGGGAUCACAGGAGCCGGGGGGCACGGCAGGACCGCAGCAGCAGCCGGCAUGUGGAGAAUCUAGGAAAGAGCAGUGGGAAAGAUAAAGACAAAGACAAAAAGAGAAAGCACAGCCGAGAAGAGACCUCCGUGGUGUGGAAGGCGGCUCCCAGGCAAGGCAGUGAGGAGUACCUGGAAAUCGAGAAGGAAGACACCGAUGUGGAAAAUGCUGGAGCUGAUGAAUAUACACCCAGCUUUGAGGAUGAUUUUGAAGACUAUGAAGAUGACUUUGAAGUUGGUGACGGAGAUGAUGACGAGAGCACCAAUGAAGCAGAGCCAAAAGAAAAAUGUGAGGAACUUCCUCCCGCCAAGCGGAAAGAGAUACAGGAGAUACAGAAAGCCAUCAAUGCGGAGAACGAGCGCAUCGGCGAGCUGUCCUUGAAGCUGCUCAGGAAGCAUGCUCACGCGGAUUGUGAGCGGGAGUCGGGAGCAGAAGCCAGCACCUCUCCCUCCAGGGCCUCGGGCUGUGGGAUCUUCAUGGAUUUUGCAACAGCCUCACACCGGCAGAAGAGUCGCUCUCAGGCCCUGAAGCAAAAAACACGCAGCACAAAGCUACUUCGACUGAUCGACUUAGACUUUUCAUUCACGUUCUCACUCAUGGAUCUGCCGCCGGUCAAUGAGUACGACAUGUACAUCAGAAACUUCGGGAAGAAGAACACCAAGCAGGCUUAUGUUCAGUACAAUGAAGACAGCGUGGAAAGGGACAUUCAGACGGAAGAGAUCGAGAGCCGGGAAGCCUGGACCCAGCACCCUGCUGAGGGCACUGCUGUGUGUGGUGGUAGCGAGACUCGAGAUCCAGCUGAUGCCUCAGUGGUGCUGAAGAUCGACACGCCGCGGCUGUCUGCCUUUCUGCGGUCAGCUUGUCAGGUGAUUUCAGUUCUGCUGGAGGAGGACCGAGUGGCCCGGGAGCCCAGCUGGAGCCAGGGGGCGCAGGACUGCACCCUGCCACUCAGCGAGAGCGCCUUUGUGCUGAACACCAGCCUGCCCUUCCUCCAGGGUCGGCCGGUGUCCUGCCUGCACGCCUCUCUGGUCCAGAGGCAGACGGUUGUGUCUGUGCACGGCCUCCCUGCGAGGAACUCAGGCCACACGCUGGACAGCAGACACGUGCUCUGUGUGUGGGAUCUCUGGCAGCCCUCGGGGCCCCAGAAGAUCCUGAUAUGUGAGUCACAGGUCACCUGUUGCUGCUUCUCCCCCUUCAAACCGUUCCUGCUGUUUGCGGGCACAGCGCACGGCUCGGUGGUGGUGUGGGACCUCAGGGAGGACUCGAGACUUCAUCACCACGUGACGCUGAGUGGCUGUCUCUGGACCUUCCGGAUGUCCACUUUCUCCACGGAUGGCACCCUCACGUCCGUGAGCCACCGGAGCCCACUCCAGGCCAUCGAGCCCGUGUCCACGGCCGUCUACAGGAAGCAGAGCCUGGUGCUCUCUCCCUUCUCCACUCAGGAAGAAAUGUCGGGCUUGUCCUUCCACGUGGCAUCUUUGGACGAGAGUGGCAUUCUCAACGUGUGGGUGGUGGUUGAAUUACCAAAGGCAGAUCUUGCAGGUUCAAUAAGUGACUUAGGUUUGAUCCCGGGAGGAAGGGUGAAGCUGGUGCACAGCGCAGUGAUUCGGCUGACCAGGAGUCUUUUCCAGAGAGGCUUUGAGUGCUGGGGCCCAAUGCAAACACUGAGUGUGAAGUUCCUGCCUUCAGACCCGAAUCACUUCAUCGUUGGCACCGAUAUGGGUAUCAUCAGCCACGGCACAAGACAAGAUCUGAGAGUCUCCCCUAGAAUGUUCAAGCCUCAACAGCACGGUGUGAGGGCUGCCAAGGUCAGCGUGAUCGAGUUCUCGCCAUUUGGAGAGCCCGUGUUCCUGGCUGGCUGUUCUGAUGGCAGCAUCCGGCUGCACCAGCUGACAUCGGAGCGCCCCCUGCUGCAGUGGGACCACAGCACCGAAGGCCGUGCUGUUACCCACUUGCAGUGGUCCCUGACCAGGCCAGCUGUGUUUCUGGUCCAGGACGAUACUUCCUGCCUUUAUAUCUGGGACCUCCUAAAAAAUGAUUUGGGUCCCGUGGCCAAACAGCCCAUCUCUCCAGACAGGUUGGUGGCGAUGACCCUCAUGGGAGAGUCAGAACGACCUGGCGGUGCUUUCCUGGCCCUGGUGCUGGCCAGAGCCUCCGGCAGCAUGGACAUCCAGUACUUGAAGAGGGAAUGGGCUGUCCCGGUGCCCAAUGAGCAGGAAAAGCUGCGUCUGCUUUUGCAGGAGGUCCCUUGCAGAGGGGACAAGUGUGAAGCGACCUCUGAGUGCGGGACCAUGACUUUUUAAGUUUUACAAGUUUUAUCCAGAGACUUGCUGCGUGUCCUGGCACUGUCUGCUCCAGUCUGUACAAUUUGUAUAUAACUCAGUCACAGAAAAGCACUUUGACUCCAUCAAUAAAUCACUAUUUUUGAAUGAAACAAACAUCAGUG